UCCGGUGUUUUCAAGAUCUCUUUCCGUACAAUCGUGUUGAUUAUUUUUUUUCGAAACCUGUCUAUUUAUGUUACGUUUUGUUCGUGAAUAUGCUGUAUGGAUGUAGCGGACCUAACAUACAUACGAAUCAACUGACGAGUUUAAAUUUCGUUGCGUAACUAGCCGACGACUCCGUUUCGAGUCAUAAACUAAACUAUUGCUUCGUUUGUUAGACUCUUUAUGUGGUCUGACAAACCUGCUACGGUCGUAGAAUUAUAUUCCUUCGGACUCACUGCUCUCUUACAUAUUAAAUAAUGAACAUUUUGCCAAAAAAGAGCUGGCAUGUGCGCAAUAAGGACAACAUUGCGCGCGUGCGCCGCGACGAGGCUCGUGCAGCGGAGGAAGAGCGCGAGAUUCAGCAGCGAGUGGAGCGCGCAGAGCAAGAGGCUCGAACCGAGUAUUUGAGGAAGAAAUCUCGAGGAGCCCUUCAACAGACAGGGGAAGAUGGAGAGACGGCGGAGACCAGCAGAGGAGCCAGAGAGAUAGAACAUCUCAAUCUCUUUCCUCUGGAGGACUCGACUGAAAAGAAAGGAAAUGCAGAAUACCUCAAAGAGAAGAAGGAAGAGAAGGAGAAGCAGGAGCGUGCCAUUGGGCUUUUGGUGUCUCUAGGUCCUGCCCCUGGAACAGAAGUCACUCCCUGGUACCUGAAAGAUGGAAAGGCAAAGGAGGAAGAGAGAGGCAAAAACGAGAAAGGCAAAACCAUGCACAGAAGCUUAACUGUAGAGGAGAGAGAAAAGAGAGACAGGAAGCUGAAAGACAUUUUGGAUCCUCUUAAGGAAAUGAAGAAAGCACUGGCAGUGAAGGAUGGGAAGGAGAAAAAGCAUAAGAAGAAGGAGAAGAGAGACAGAGGAGAGAAGAGGAGCGGAGAGAGUUCAAUUGAGAGGUUACGGGCAGAGCGGCUGCAGAGAGAAGCGGAGGAGAAGAAACGAACACAGGCUUUACUGGAACAGAGGAGCGGAGGCGGGAAAGAAAAAGAGCCUGAGAUGGGGGAUAGAGACAGACCAUACAACAGCGCCUACUUUCCUGAAUUGGCAAGGAAAAGGCAAAGGAGAGACAGAGAUCAGUAUGGCUUUUAUUAGCUUACAACACUAAUGAUUCACAAAGUCUCGAAUUUGCAGAACUGUUUCGUGUUCGGACAAGAAAUUAAGCCACGUGCAAUGUGUGAAGACCGUUUAAAAUAAAUGAUUGCUACCUAAAAGCAAUCGAUCUGGCCUCUACAACACUUUUAUUGGCAUCAGAUGAGUUGGUAUAAAAAAUGUACAAACAGGAAAUUCUCUUUCUUGCUGUUUUUCAGUGCUGGCGGCACCAGAGCGAUUAAGUUGUUGUAAAAAUGACAUCUUUUGAUUUGUAGGAACUGCAUCGGAGUUGUUUUCCGCUACAGUUCUGAGGCAUCAGCAUUAAAAUGUGGGCCAGCCAUUAUUAUGAGACUAAGAACAUCUUCCCUUUAGUGCUGAUGCUGGAGUCUGCAAAAUAUUUUUUUCCUGUUGUGUAAAUACAUUCUUACCGUUUAACCCUACAGUGAUUAUCUUUUUUUGUGAUAAAUACUCACAAAAAGUAUAUAUCACAAAACUGUAGCAAUAUCAGUGAAAAAUUAUACAAAAAAAGUGGAAAUAUUGCAAAAAAUGUAUAGCAUGAAUCAUAAAUACAGACAAUUUCUCAAACAUUCUUAAGAAAACAAAGGAUAAUAUAUAAUUUUGUGCAAUAUACGCUCGCUGGCCAUUUUAUUAGUUACAUCUGCCACUCACACUGCACGAUCAAGAUGAUUUGCUGAUUUGUGAUUUAAGUGAUGUGGCAUGAUUGUUCAUAGAUAUUUCAGAAACUGCUGAUCUACUGGGAUUUUCAAGCACUACAUGAGAAAAUAUCCAGUGAGCGGCUGUCAUGUGAUUGAAAAUUAUUUUUAUAGAUGCCAGAGGAGAAUGACAAGACUGGUUUGAGCUGAUAGUACGGCAACAAAAGCUCAAAUAAACACUCAUUACAAGCACUGUUUGCAGAGGACAUUUAACCUAUAAGAAGUGGAAAAACACCUUGUUGACACUCUUACCAGCUAAGAACAAAAAACUAAAGGUGCAAUUUGUUCCUCGCCAUCAAAAUUGGUCAGUAAAAGAUUGAAAGGUUGUCUGAUCUGAUGAGUAAAAUUCUCCAUCAUUUGUAGUGGCAGGGUUAGGAUUUGGUAAAAAUAACAUGAAAGCAUGAAUCCAUCCUGGCUCAUCUGAACAGCUCAGGCUGCUUGUGGUGGUGUAAAGCUGUGGAGGAUAUUGUCUUGGCACACUUUAGGAACCCUUAGUACCAACUGAGCAUUAAAAAGCAGAGCCUUCCUAUGUAUCAUUGCUGACCAUAUUCAUAACCAGUCUCCAUCUUGUGAUGGCUAUUUCCAGCAUCUUUGAGACAUGCUGGUACAAGAGAUUCAUAUUAUGGAUGUGCAGCUGACAAAUUUGCAACAACUUGAGUGAUGCUGUCAUGUCAAUAUGGAGCAAAAGCUCUAAUAAAUGUUUUCGGCACCUUGUUGAAUCUUUGACACAAAGACUAUUCUGAUGGUAAAAAUAGGUCCACACUGGUACCAGCAAGGUGUACCUAAUAAACUGGCCUAUGAGUGUACAACAGUCAUAUACUGUGGUAAUCUUCAUGCUGACACUAGAUUAACAGUAAUACAAACAAAUAUAUAAAUGAUGCAGUUUGUGUCAAUUCUUCAUAUGCUUUGUUUUUUACACACACAAAUACUAUAAAUGAAUGCUGUGAUUUUAAAGUCAAUUUUAAUUCAUAUUUGUGACCAUGGACCACAUAACCAGUCGCAAGUGUAAUGAAUUGUAUUUUAACUACAGCGAUUUGAACUGUAGUUUUGCUGAAUGAUUAAAAUGUUAUCAGUAUGAUGGUGAAAAACUGUACAUUUCUAGUCAAACCAUCCUUCUGCAAUCAUAUGCCAAAAACGGAAAUAAGGGCAGCAUUAUGAGCUGAAAAUGUGGGAGAGCGUUGCUAUUAUGUGAUUGUAUUGUAUUGCAAUAUGGAGCAAUUAAGUGUUGAUGUUAAAUCAAAAGUAUUUCACAAAUACUUAAAAAUGAAUUCAUUUAAUGACAAUAAUUCUCUGUUACAGCUCAAUUUGUUACAAAUAACUGUAUAAAAUGAUUAAAAAUGAAAUGAUGAAAAAUA